UUUGUAUUGAUUUUUUUGAUUUUAAAUUAGUUUAUAUAUACGUCUUUUUUCAAAUAUGUUAUAGUUUCAAUUGGAAAAUGAAAGCAUUUACUUUGAUUUCUUAUUUAUUUACCACAAUAGCUGGAUGUUUAUGUGCUCCUCAGAGUCGUAUUGUGGGUGGAGAUGAUGCGAUAUUGGGACAAAUACCAUACCAAGCAGCUCUUUCUAUAGCUGGUUUACCAACCUGUGGCGCAGUAAUACUUAGCGAACGCUACGCUUUGACAUCAUUGCAAUGUGUUUGUUCUGCCGGAAGUGAUAAACCAUGGCCACCACAAAUGUUUACGAUUACUGCCGGCACUACUGAUCUUUAUAAUGGAGGUUCACGUAUUGUUUUAGAAAAAAUUACUGUCAAUCCAAAUUAUAAUGAUCUUACAACAGGCAUAGCUCUAUUAAAACUUUCUCAGCCUCUAAUAUUUAGCGAUUACAUACAACCGACUGCUUUGUCUAAAACUGAUCCACCUGUCGGUGCUGAAGUAGAAAUUUCCGGUUGGGGUCGAAUAAAACAUGGAGAAAAUGAUAUGUAUCGUACUCUUCAAAUUAAUGAUGCUACUUUAAUUGAUGCUUCCGAAUGUUUUAGAACCAUGGGUAGUACCAAUGAUGAAGUAAUAUGUUUGGGGCAUACGCGAAAAAAUGGAAUAUGCCAGGGCGAUUUUGGUUCUCCCGCUGUUUACCACAAUCAAUUGAUUGGAAUAGCGGCAUCUGUAUUGGGUGAAUGUGGCAGUUUCUUACCAGACGUGUUUACUAGUAUGGCUUUCAAUUAUAACUGGAUAAUGGAGCAAAUGAUGUAGAUUUAUAAUUGAUCUUUCUCAACAGAAUUCAUUUUUCACAAGAAAUACACAGAAAAAAAGUUUUAGCAUAAAUACAUAUUAUGAACUGUUUUCAUUGACAAAAGUUAAUAAAAUUUAAAAACAAGUUUUUCAAACAGAAUCUAGAAGGCUUGUCGUAAAAUAUUUUAAUCUUAA